AUGUCGUCUUCUACUAGUGCAUUAGGGAAACUCCCACUGACCUUCGGGGUCGAAAUCGAACACGCUUUCGGUGUCAACCAGGAUGUCGUCGGUACUGACAAAGCAUACCGCUGGCUGCUCCCAGGUAAUUGCACCAUCCAUCCCAACACUCCCAAUCCUCCGGACUUCGACCCCGGGCGGGAAGAGAUCUGUGGCAUCCUGCAAGCGGUCAAGAUUCUGCGAAGCAAGGGUGCCACCCUCAAUGUGAUCACGUGGGACAACGAAGACGAGGGGGAGGACAGGGAGCCUACUGACACCGACAUGUAUUCUCACUGGAACAUGACCGAAGACAGAUCGGUGAGAUAUCCGUGGACGGCCCAACAGCUUUACGAACUGUCCGGGGGCAGGAUUACCAUGUGGCCAGGCUGGGAGUUCUCGGGGUUGGAGCUCAUUUCUCCCGCUCUCAAGGUCCCCGAAUUCGGCUCUGGUCACUUUCUCCCGAACGGACUCGAUCAAGUCAAAGGCUUUCUCGACCUCAUGAAUGAGCCCCAGCCCCAGGGCACCCCAUACUGUUUCCUUUCGGGUCCACAGAUGGCUGGUGUCCACGUUCACAUCGGUCUGCAACCACAACCUGACCGCCAGCUGGACCUACCCACCGAGUUCCUCCGGCAUCUUGCCUUCAUAUGCCUGGCUUAUGAAGAUACCAUAACUCUGCUCCACCACCCUCAGCGCCAUGGUUAUACCAGGUCCUACUCUUACCCACAUGUCAGGAGCAAUCGCUUUGUGGGACGACUGGUGCCACCCUUCCCGCGCCAUCGUUGCCAGAAGGGACCCGAGUUCUCGCUUGCAGACGUGUUCCUGCGUCUUUUCCGCGCCCGGGACACCAAUGAGCUGGUGGAACUCCUGACCACCGUCCCGUCCGACAACAGCGGGGACUACCAGUACAUGGUCCGCGAAUGCUUCGUCAAUUUCACCAACUGCUUCGACUUCGGUUCGUCGCCGAUGAAGAGAACGGUCGAGUUCCGUCAACACCACGGAACUCUGGACGCCGAGGACAUUGGCCAGUGGGUGGUUUUCCUCACCGCCCUGGCACGCACGGCGGAGCGCAAAGCGAACGAGCAACCACCACCAGCCGCGGCCUGCACCGUGCCAACGUUGCUCCUGCGGAGGAUCCUCACGGCGAACAUAGGUGAGCGGGUCGCCCCGGGCAAAACUGACGUGCUAGAUACCCCUGCUGACGUCCUUUGGCGUGAAACCAUAUCUGACGCUCGGAUCAUGGCACCGAUCAUUCGCGAAGCGGUCAAGUAUCCGCAGCUGUUCCACACCGACACGAGAAGAUCGCUCAAGGAGCUCUUUGAUCUGAUUGAGCUUCCCGUGCCCUAUCGACGGUAUUGGUGGGAGCGGGCGAAGAGGUGCAGAGCCGAGUGGGCCGCGACUUGGCGAGGCUUGAUCCCUUGUCUGGACGUCGAGCCCUGCGCGUUGGAACCGGUGAGGGACAACAAGGGCUGGGCUGCAGGGGAACUCGAUGUUCCACCAUGGGACGUUGACGCUGACCAGUCGACAGAUACUUUUCUUCGGGCAGAACCGCAACCGCAACCGCAACUUUCUCGCCCGAACGUCAUGUCCAUCGAGGCCAUCAUGAAUGGCUCUGAACCGGUCUCUCUCCCUGAGUGA